UAAGAAUGCUCCUCGAUCAGCCGUCGUCGUUGACUCUCUUUGAGGCCUAGGGUGCACUGUUCUUCUUCUUCCUGGUGUUUAGAGACAUGUCAGAGAUCGUGACUGUAGCGUGGCAGCGCUACCUUCAGCAACUCCAAGCCCAUCCCCUGAGAACAAAGGCUAUUACUUCAGGGGUGUUGGCUGGAUGCAGUGAUGCGAUCGCACAGAAGAUCUCCGGGGUCAAGAGGCUCCAGUUGAGAAGGAUGUUUCUGCUCAUGCUUUAUGGCUUUGUGUAUGCCGGACCAUUUGGUCAUUUUCUGCACAAGUUUAUGGAAAGGCUUUUCAAGGGAAAGAAAGGAAAGGACACUGUUGCCAAAAAGGUGCUGUUGGAACAACUUACUGCCUCACCUUGGAACAAUAUGCUCUUUAUGAUGUACUAUGGUUUGGUUCUUGAAGGUAGAUCAUUUAGUUUGGUGAGAAGGAAAAUAAGGAAAGAUUACCCAUCUGUUCAAAUGACUUCAUGGAGGUUUUGGCCUAUAGUUGGUUGGAUAAACUACCAAUAUAUGCCUCUGCAGCUGCGUGUUCUAUUCCACAGCUUUAUUGCCUCAUGCUGGGCUGUGUUUCUGAAUCUAAAAGCACAAUCCGGUGCUGCUAAGGAGGCUUAAUAUGAAGAUUAGUAUUUUGCUUUAUACUGCAAAGGAGCUGUUAGGGUUCCUUGUUGCACCGUGUUGUAGUGUUAUGUCAGCUAUGACAAAUAAUGUGUUCGUUUGAUAUCCCAGUCUUGCAUUUGCAACCAGUGUCGCCUCGUGCUAUGCGAAGCUUAAAUAGAUUACACUGAGGUCCUUUUUUUUUAGACAAAUGAAAAACAAUAAAGAGGAUGAUCCAAGUUUACAGCAAGAUAUUCUACUUCAGUGUGUAGAUGAGGUGUUUUAGAGUUUGAGAUAUGUAUACGUUACUCCUUGUAAUCUAAGCAUUGAGAAGUUCAAAAACAAAAAAAGAACAAGGGGUUGUUCUUUUAAUCAUUUAGUUAUUUUUCCAGGAGGCAUAAGAAGCUGCAUUGAUGUGCGGAGACGAACAUUAUGUAUGCACCAUGCAUCGUUCUGUAAUAUGGAUGGGACUCUUAGCUGCUGCUGGUUUUGAGUGUUGUUAGAGAGUUUAUUGAUA